CCCGCACAGAAAGGGGCGAAAAGCGGGAGUGGGGUUCAACAGCAAAGGUGACCCUAUAUAGCCCCACACGAGUUACUUACCAACGAUACUACUGUGAAUCCACUCACCGCCUCACAACAGGCAUCCAGAUCGUCCGAGCCACAGCCCCACGAGCCUGGCAUCGAGCACCGAAAGCCUGCUGUCGAACCUGGUCGCUCGGAGCAGCGAAGCCGCUCAGCAAGCCCCGGCUCAAGCCGGCUGAAGGAAGCAUGGGUGGAGCUCGAGCUUUCACGUCUUCGCCAGAGCAUCGCCGAGAACUGUCGGGAGCAGCAAUCAAUUAUCGAGGAGCAGCAGCGGCACCGCGAUCUCGAGAACAGACGCAGAACCGAGGAAAUGAUCCACGAGUCGCUUCAAACACUUCGGCACUCGACCCCGCCGCCGCCGCCGCCGCCUCGCUCCGAGUCCCGAACACCGAUAUUCUGGGAGUUCAAUCCGCGUGAUCACACCGGCGACGGAGCAGCUGGUGGCUGGGAUGCUCCGCAUGAGAGCCGUCUGGAUCUGGGUGCGACAACCAAGUCAUGGCCGACAAGAGACGCAGGCGGCGAUUCCCAAGAUCGGGACGCGGCACCAGUACAAGCAAACUUCGAGGACAUGUCCGACGCGAUCAUCAUGAGAAAGUUACACCCCGUGCUGGAAAAGGCCCAGUCCGAGUUCCAAAAGGCAGCUCGCCGUAUGGAAGAGACCCUGGAUCGACUGGAUCGCCAACAUGGCUCCAAAGGUGGCCUUGAGCGCGGCGAGUCCAAAGACUCGCUGGAUCGGCUGUUGGGCGAGUCCGUCAUCAAAGUCGAAACCUAUCACGAGCCCACAUUGGAGUCGUCAAAGCCCAAGCCCUCAAAGCCAGCCGCCGUCCAUCUCCCACUGAAGACCGGCAACGACUUUCUGGCUGACGUCGACAAUGUGGAUUCGGACAACUUUGUGCUCAAGUAUAUCUUGACCAAGCUGCAGUCCAUAGAAGACGAAGGCAAAGAAUUGCGCAAGCACAUCGCCGUGGCUCAUUCAGGGCGUGAGAGUCCUAGCCAUGCCGCGAAAUCCGAUGACGCACGCUGCUCCUCCAGCCCUCCGCAGCUUCCGAUAGCGUCCUCUGCCCCAGCAGCUAGUGCAGCCGACACACAAUCUUCACCGAGCAUGCAUCCCGAAAAUCCGAUCAAGAGCUGUGACUCUGGCUCAAGGGCACCGGAGCCUCACUUCCGCGAGCCAAGUGACGAGAUUGUGAUCGAGAAGCACUCUCGCAACCCUGCUCCCCGGAUUCCGGUCGCUGACGACUUUACAAAGCUGGCGCGACGAUACAACGCGAGGGCCCAGAUCGAGCUGCCACCCGAGCUCGUCCAAAGAAUCGAGCAAGGCCGCUCCAAGUACCAGCGCUAUCUGAACAACAGUAUGGGACCUGCGUCGGUCGGCUACGACGACGAUACCGAAUGGUCCAUGACGCCGUGGAAGGCGCUCGACAGGAUGUCAGCCGAGUUCUUGGAUGUUGUGCUUUCGGAUGUCGCUGCGGAGCUCUCCAAGGUCACCGACGACUUUGUCGAUCGCAUGAUGAAGGAGGAGUUCAGUCCGCUGCAAGCAACCGCAGACCGGGCGUGAUGUUGGGUGGGGUCUGAGGCGAGAACGCAGUGGAUCGACUGUAAUACAGAAGGAGCGCCCUGGCUCGUCACUGCAGCAAUGGUACUGAGCUGGGUCGUCAUUGCAGCACACAAACAUGGUUCCCACGACAGGCAUCCGCUGUCCACGUGGCGUCAUGUGAUACCGAGCCAGGGUCGCCGUGCGAUUUCGGCCAUCC